CCUUGAUGAAAUAUAUGCUGUAACAGUUUAUCUCACUGUUAAAUCUAUCUUUAGCAAUUUUACACUUUUUUUUUACAGUGACAAAAGGGUAGUGGUAGAUUAGAUGAUACCAAUGAACCAUUGAGAAGAAAAAAAAAACCAAGAAAAUUUUGUUAAGGUACUCUAAGAUAUGGCUACAGAGACUAAAUCUAGUGUAGUGAAGGGGAAACCUAGCAGUAAUAAUCAAGUUGGGUCAUCUUCAAAACCCAAAUUUGAUUCAUCAGUUAUCAAGAAAAAGGUUAUUCAGAUCUCAUCUAAGCCAUCUGCAGAUUCAAAGGGUAAAUCUGCCAUUAAUGUAUCUAAAACUGAGGUGAAAGGAAAGACAACCUCAACUUCAUCCAAGACCGUCACGAAAACGCAAACCAAAACUAGAGUGAAGAAAGUGUAUUCCUUGGCUGGCCAGAAGUUUGAUGUUCCUGAAGAGCGAGAACCGUUGAGGUUAUUCUAUGAAUCAUUGUCAAAACAGAUACCUUCAAGUGAAAUGGCUGAGUUUUGGUUGAUGGAGCAUGGUCUAUUAUCACCUGAGAGAUCAAAGAAGGCGUUCGAGAAAAAACAGAGAAAGCAAAAGCAAAUUCGAAUGGGGACUCCUAUUAAAUCUCCUCCUCCGCGACCAUUCAUUAGCAAAGCCGAGAGCUCAAAAAAGCCACAGCAAGCAUCAAAGAACGGUGAUAUAAAGGCGAAGAAACGAUUAAAAAGUGAUAGUAGUGAUGACGACGACGAGUUCAUUCUAAGCCCAAAGAGAAGAAAAGGGUAAAAAAAAAUGAACUCUGCAUUUGCAAGAAUGAUAGACUGGAGGAGCCAUUCUUGAUUUUCUGUUAUUAUUGAAAAUGAAAAAAAUCAAAUAAAAUUUAUAGUUUACCAAUUUGUACAAUAAACUUAUAGUUGUUAUAGAAACACAGUUUUCUGUAUAAUGUAAUACUCUUUGCUUA